UUAUGUUUUGGUAGUUCUGAAAACUUUCAAGCCAAGUUUGCGUCGAGCGCUUUUCGAAAGUUGCAGCUACGCUGAAGUUACAAGGUUCAAAUCAUCCACACGAUUGCAAUUCAUCGAAUGAAAACACUAGCUGUAAUUAUAAGCAGACUAAUUUCUGACUGAUCUAUCCAAAUAUAUAUAAUGUUUAUGAAUGAGGAUAUGUUCGAUGAUGGAGAGUUAUCUGUAGAAUAUUCUUCAGACGACAACUCCGAGCCUAAUGUUGAUCUGGAAAAUCAGUACUACAUGGCUAAGUCGCGGAAAGAUGACAAUCCAAAUAUGGCACUAUCUGAGUUCCAAAAGGUUUUGGAUAUCGAAGGGGCUGGGACCAAAGGUGAUUGGGGGUUUAGAGCAUUGAAGCAGAUGAUUAAGAUAAACUUCAGACUUGGGAGAUUCGAUAACAUGAUGGAAAAUUACAAGAUUCUUCUUACUUACAUAAAAUCUGCUGUCACUCGGAAUUACUCAGAAAAAUCUAUUAACUCAAUCUUGGAUUAUGUGUCAACGUCUAAGCAAAUGGACUUGUUGCAACGCUUCUACAUUACUACUCUAGAUGCACUCCGAGAGUCUAAAAAUGAAAGGUUAUGGUUCAAAACCAACACAAAACUGGGGAAACUUUAUUUGGAACGUGGUGAUUAUAUGCAUUUACAAAAGAUUGUUAAAGAACUACGUGAAUCUUGUCAAACAAAUGAUGGAGAAGAUGACUUAAAGAAAGGGACUCAGCUGUUAGAGAUCUAUGCUUUGGAAAUUCAAAUGUAUACAGCCCAGAAAAAUAACAAGAAGUUAAAAGCCUUGUAUGAACAAUCUUUACACAUCAAAUCGGCCAUCCCGCACCCUCUUAUAAUGGGUAUUAUACGAGAAUGUGGUGGAAAGAUGCAUCUUCGCGAAGGAGAAUAUGCCAAAUCUCAUACAGACUUUUUCGAGGCCUUUAAAAACUAUGACGAGUCUGGAUGUCAACGUAGAACACACUGUCUCAAGUACCUAGUUUUAGCCAGUAUGUUGAUGAAGUCAGGAAUUAAUCCUUUUGAUUCCCAGGAAACGAAGCCGUACAAAAAUGACCCUCAGAUCGUGGCUAUGACGAGUCUUGUAACAGCUUAUCAAAAUAAUGACAUUGUGGAAUUCGAGUCCAUACUGCGACGUGAACGUGAUUCAAUCAUGGAAGAUCCUUUCAUUCGCGAACACAUUGAAGACUUACUUCGUAACAUCAGAACUGAAGUUUUGAUUAAAUUAAUUCGUCCAUACACCAGAAUCAGGAUACCUUUUAUCUCACAACAAUUAAAUCUUAGUGACCCUGAAGUAGAAAGCCUUUUAGUUUCAUGCAUUCUAGACAACACCAUACAAGCACGAAUCGACCAAGAACAUCACAUUUUGAUGCUCAAUACAGAAGCUACUUCAGAAGCUCGCUACCAGGCCCUUGACAAAUUGGCUCUGCGGUUACGCCACUUACAAAGUGCUAUGUCUAACAGAAUGCCGAUUUUUAACUGAAAGACAAGCUUCCAAAUCCCAUGAGACACUUGACGAAAAUCCCAUUUAAUUGCACAGUAACCCUACGUUAGUGUAAAGGAAAUAAACAAAACAUCCAUUGUAACUCAUUAUUUGUACUUUGUUACUUACGAAUUUUUUCAUCAUCUCAUGAAUACAUACAUCUACUACUGAACUUUGAGAUAAAUUAAUUUACUAACGCGUUUAGAUAAUAGCGGUUCAACCUACUAUUGGUCAUUUAGAGUUUCCUGAACCAAGCUAUAAGUUAAACUUAUUAUACGAGUGAGAGAUGGGACUGGGUAGUUCAAGUCUGUGCUAGCCGACUGGAAGUGAACUUGUCACUUAUCCCUAGUAGAACGCCUAAAGUAAUGAGGGGGUA